AUGUCCAAUAAUAUUGUUUCCGCUAUGAUCACCGAAUCUGUUGUAGAUAAUCAGCAGAUCAAAAAUGAGCCAGUUAAUACCACUUCAGUAGAUGAAGGGGAAGCAGCUGUUAUUGAGAAGGGUACUGAUACUAUUGCUACUCCUGUCACUACUACUGAAGAGCAAGCCUCUAAGGUUGAAGAAACAACUGAAACUAAGCUUCUUUCUAAACGUCGUACUAUCUUUAACCCUUUUGGCAAAUCAAAAAAAGAUGAACAAGUAAAUGAAACCGAGCUUAGUACAGAAGAAGCUGAAAAAUCUCCUACUAAAAAGGCAUCAAAAGGAUUUGGUAAUUUCUUUACCAGAUCAAAGUCUUCACAUAAGGUAGAUGAGAAUAUAGCUGCUGCUACAGGAACCAAUGAAGACACUAUCGUUUCUACAGAAUUGCUCCAAAACGAACAACUUCAAUGUACUGAGGCAGACACUAAUAUUGAAGAAACUGAUAAUAUUGAUAAGAAGGAAUCUACGAAUAAAGAAGCUGUAAAUGAAGUCUCAGAAAAUGUACAAACAGAAGCUAUGACAGAAGUUGAACAAGUUCAUCCUAUAGCUAUUAAGCGUCAAUCUUUUAUCAGUAAAUUAUUCGGCAAGAAAAAGCAAGAGACUACACGGGAAACUGAACCAGAGGAGGAUAAUAUGCACGAAGAUCCCGUUGCCGAUUCUUCUGAAGUACAUGAAGAAUCUAAUACAGAUAAAGCUGCCUCACGUCCUACUUCUCCUCUUGGCCGAUUGACAGAGUUAUUUUCAUCCAAGAAGAAUCAUAAAAAGGUUAAUAAAGCAACUAAUAAUGACUCAGAACAAGCCACAGAAGAGGCUGCAGCUAAUACAGCUGAAGAAGAAAAAAUCGAAAAAGAGAGUGAUAAUGAAGAUACUAUCAUUACUACAGAUGCUGUAACCAAUUCUUCUUCAUCCCCUGCAGCUAUUCUUGCAACUGCAUAA